CAUUAAAAAUGCUUCCCGGACUGUGCCGGAAUGUGGUAGGAACAUGGCGUAUAAGAGGCGUACCCGCAGUUAUUCAACAGCUUCAGAGACGCCACUUUUCAUCGGAGCCCUCCGAAAAGGUCUCCGCACAUGACCAGGCAUUGUUUUCGGAGUGGCGAACCAUUUAUAGCUUGCCAUCGAUCCGACUGGUAGCCGCCUUAAGUAGGCUAAAAGUCUAUCAGGGAGCCGUUACAGUGGCCGGAUUACCUAUAGCAUUUGCCCUGGGACAGACUGGCCAGUUGGGGACGGAUGUGUUUGGAAUUUACGCAGCGAUUGGCAUUAGUGGACUGGCCACUCUUAGUCUAGUGAGCUUAGCCGCCAGGAACCUCGUGGGCUUUAUAUACAUCAAUGAGCAGCAAGAUUUGCUAAAGCUUGCCUAUGUAGAUUUUUGGGGCCGAAGAAAGGAGGCGCUGGUGGAAACAGAGGAUCUCCUGCCAAGCUGGGAACAGAGCACCGCCUCUCGCCUCAGGUUUGUUGUGCCCAUCGGUCUGCGCAGUGAUCCUAAACAACGUUAUAAAUUACUGAAUCGUUUUGGCCAUGUCAGUGACCCAGAAUUAUUUGAAGGUCUUUUUGGGAGCUGAAGGUUUGAAGAACUUUUUUGUUGUUGUCUGAAUUAAAGAAAAUUAUUUUUAAAAAAUUAAA